UCUCUCCCUGCCCCCUCCUUCCCUCCCUCCCUUCCUGGCUCCCUCGGCAGCUCCGGAACGCGGUGAGAUGGGUAGCAGAGCAAACGGCGUCGCCGGCGACCGUACAGGAACCAGCAAUGGAGGCGGCGCCACCGUGGACAAGGGCGUGGAUUUCGCUAACUAUUUCUGCACCUACGCCUUUCUCUUUCACCAGAAGGAGAUGCUCUCUGACCGCGUUCGCAUGGAUGCUUACUUCAAUGCCAUUUUCCAGAACAAACAUCACUUCCUCGAAAAGACUGUUUUGGAUGUAGGAACGGGGAGUGGCAUUCUAGCAAUCUGGUCGGCGCAAGCAGGUGCCAGGAAGGUCUAUGCAGUGGAAGCUACUAAGAUGGCGGAACAUGCCCGCGAGCUUGUCAAAGCAAAUAAGCUUGAGGGUGUGGUUGAAGUGAUUGAGGGAUCAAUGGAGGAUGUUACCCUACCAGAGAAAGUUGAUGUAAUUAUCUCGGAGUGGAUGGGAUAUUUUCUUCUACGAGAAUCUAUGUUUGAUUCUGUGAUUUGUGCGCGUGAUCGCUGGCUUAAGCCAACUGGAGUUAUGUAUCCAAGCCAUGCUCGCAUGUGGCUGGCACCCAUCAGGUCUGGAUUAGGAGAUCAAAAGAUGAAUGAUUAUGAAGGAGCUAUGGACGACUGGUUUUGUUUUUCUAAUGAGACUCAAACUUAUUAUGGCGUUGAUAUGAGUGUUCUAACGAAGCCUUACUCUGAAGAACAGAAAAAAUACUAUUUACAGACAUCACUGUGGAACAACCUCCAUCCCAAUCAAGUCAUUGGAACAGGUGCCAUUAUAAAGGAGAUGGAUUGUUUAACAGCAACCGUGAACGACAUCCUUAAUGUUCGAGCAAGUAUAUCAUCAUCAAUCACUGCAGAGAACACAAGGUUCUGUGGAUUCGGUGGAUGGUUUGAUGUGCAUUUUCGAGGUUGCAAGGAAAAUCCUGCUCAACAGGAGAUUGAGUUGACGACUGCUCCUAGCGAAGAUAACAGUACACACUGGGGCCAGCAGGUGUUCCUCUUGCAUCCGCCUCUCCGUGUCAGAGAAGGGGAUGGUUUGAUCAUUAAUUUCUCAAUGAACCGCUCUGAAGAGAACCAUCGAUUGAUGGAAGUUGAUCUCAGCUGUGAGAUAAGACAGUCUUCCGGGAAUAAUUUUCCACCAUUCAAAAAUAAAUUCUACAUAGAAUGAGGAACAAUGAACGAAUUUUGGGGCCACUAACAAGUGCACAGUGGCUAGAAGCGAAAAGGACACACCUAUAAGUUUCAGUACUAUCGGCAUCCUCAGAAAAUCAUAUGUUGUAUGUCGAAGAUUUUGAGCUAUUUCUUCCAGUAAAUUAUGCUGUUGUGUUGUAUUGUGGACUUUAAAAUAUGUAAGUAUCUUGUUAGCUAAUUGAGC